AUGACCAACCAUCCAUGGGUCGACGCCGCCGACGGCGAUAACAAUUUGGUCAUCGACGUUCUCCGUAAACUCUAUGAAGACUCACCGCCACCGCCGCCACCCCCACCACCACCACCACCACCGCAACCACAGCAGGACGCAGCGGUGACUAUUCCCCUAAAUUGGAGCGUCCGUCAACGUCGAUCCAGACCACGGAUCGCAAAUCGUUCCACCGCGGGUUCCAAAUCGGAAAUCGCCGGUUCCAGCUCUUCCAAUCCGUCAGCAAGUAGUAGCGUUACUGGUGCUACUUCCGCCACCGGCAAUCUGAUCGUCGGUGGUGUUGAUGAGACCGGCGGAGGAACGGCUAUUUCAACAACGAUAAGCGGAAAAACUACUCCCACCAAGAGGCCAAGGAAGAGGAAGAAGAAACCAAUUCCGGAGGUGGCUGAAUCUCCCGGAUCGGAGGUGGUUGAACCCGAGGGACAGGUGGUGGCUGAACCCGAGGGACAGGAGGUGGCUGAAACCCAGAUGAAACCAAUUCCGGAGGUGGCUGAACCCGACGGAGAGGAGGUGGAUGAACCCGAGGGACAGGUGGUGGCUGAACCCGAAGGAACAGAGAAGAAACCAAUUCCGGAGGUGGCUGAACCCCAGGUACCGGAGGUGGUUGAAUUUCAGGGACCGGAGGUGGCUGAACCCAAGGGACAGGAUGUGGUUGAACCCGAGGGACAGGUGGUGGCUGAAACCGUGGGACUGGAGGUGGUUGUGUCGCAAGGAGCGGAGGUGGUGGCAACUGGUGAAAUCCAGGGACCGGAGAUGGUGGAAGCUGGUGGAACUCAGGAAAGUAUAGCAGCUGAUGAACCCCAGGAGAAAAUUUAUAAUGAACAUGAUGAGGAAGAGGAAAGGUAUCUCCUCCCCGAUCUGAACAUCCCACUUGUGGAUGAUACAUUCCCUUAA